AUCUGUGUGCAUAAUUUCGUGUUUAAUUUCGUUUAUUUCUAAAAAAUUUGAUUAAACCCUGUGUAAAUUAAAAAAAUGUUACGUUUGUAUGAUUCUCCAUAGGUGGAUUGUAAAGAACAAAGUGUUUGUGCGUGUUUUAAUAGUUUGAUGGUUCUGAAAACUAUUAUGAAAGUUUGGCAUCGACAAAAGGGUUUGUUUAUUUACCAAAUAGCGCAAUUCAAUCUGAACAUGGUAUAUGUCCUAUUGUCGACAGAAUGCAGAGCCGUAAAGGCAAUUAAAAAAAAACAAAAACUGUUUCUCCUGUGGUUUAUGCUCUAUGGUUUCUGUUAAUUGUUUUGUUUCGGCGCGUUUUUCGUUAUUUUUCAGAAAACUUAUUAUUUUCAAUAAGAAAUUGUUGACAUUUUGCAUUUUGUUAGCUGAAUACUGAAUAGAGUUACCCAAUGAUUGUAUACGAUAAUAUACAUGAAUACGGCUGUGUCAAUAAAUCAGACAAUGAUAUUAGAAUAUGUUACGAAGUAUCACUUACAAGAUUGUAUAAAUAUUUUAUCAGAACAGGAUAUUCUAGGAUACUAUAGCAUAAAAAUUGAUUUCUUGAAACUAUUUGAAACAUAUCCUGAUAUAGGUGACAAAGUUUUGUGCAGUCCUGUUUCAACUCUUAAAUCAUGUAAUGAAGACAUUAUUAAAGCCCAACAAAAUAUUUUAGAGAAAGAAGAAUAUAAGCCUUUGAUAGAUAAACUGAAUUUCAAAUACUUAAAGAGGAAUGUACAAGCAAGGAUAUAUGGCCUACCUGUGUGUCCAGAGUUACAUAGGACUGUGUUUCCUAAAAAUGUGGAUAUUGGAUGCUUUUUAAAAGUUACAGGGACCGUUGUACGAGUCACACAGACAAAGAUGUUGGAAUAUCAAAGGAAAUACAUAUGCAUGAAAUGCAAAUUCGAAAAUUUAGUGGAGGCAGAUUUUGAAAACCGAUACAUUUUGAAAGCACCAACAAAGUGUUUGAACUGUAAUAAAAGUUCCACAUUAACAGCAGUCAAUCUUGUGUCUAGAGAAUAUUGUAAGGAUUACCAAGAAAUUAAAAUACAGGAGCAAGUAAACAAACUCAGCAUAGGCACAAUACCUGGCUCCAUGUGGGCGGUGCUGGAGGACGACCUUGUGGACUCUUGUAAGCCUGGCGAUGAUGUUGUCAUUUGCAGCACAGUGCGUCGCCGAUGGCGUCCGUGCGUCCAAACCAAGAGAUCCGAAGUGGAACUAGUAUUACAAGCCAACUAUAUAGAAGUGAGCAACGCACAGAGAUCAGCAGUGAUCGCCAUGGCUCCAGACAUAAAGGAAUGCUUUGAUGACUUCUGGAAGAAGUAUGAACAGUGUCCGUUGAAAGGGAGGGAUCAGAUCUUAGCUUCCGUGUGUCCACAGGUGUAUGGGCUUUACUUAGUGAAACUGGCGGUAUUGCUGACAGUCAUAACCGGCUCUAACCAUAUAGUUGAGAAUGAACAGAAGUCUUCUGAAGAUAAACACACAAUGAAUGUUAGGGGCCAGUGCCAUUUAUUGCUAGUUGGUGAUCCAGGUACAGGAAAGUCACAGCUUCUCAAAGCGGCGACAGAGCUAACUCCUCGCUCGGUGUUCACGUCGGGAGCGGGCAGCACUCGCGCCGGCCUGACGUGCGCGGCUCUUAGAGAAGAUGGCGAGUGGCAGUUGGAAGCGGGCGCGCUGGUGUUGUCGGACGGCGGCGUGUGCUGCAUCGACGAGAUCUCGCACCUGAGGGAGCACGACCGCACCGCCAUACACGAGGCCAUGGAGCAACAGACUAUAUCUGUUGCUAAGGCGGGAAUAGUUUGCAAGCUGAACACGCGCUGUGCGGUGAUAGCCGCGUGCAAUCCUAAAGGACAUUACCAGACAGACCAGCCCUUGAGCGUUAAUGUUUCUCUGGGAACACCCUUGUUAAGUAGGUUUGAUUUGAUAUUCAUUUUGUUGGAUUCUAAAAACAACUCCUGGGACCGACUUGUAUCGUCCUACAUAUUGUUCGGUGAUGCAAAUCCUGUUGAAUCAAAAAAUAAAUGGACUCUUGAAAAACUGCAAGUAUACAUAGGUUUAGUUGGUCCAAAAAGCACGCAUAUGACGAAAUCAGCAAACACCAUACUGCAGUGUUACUAUAUGGCGCAGAGAAAGUCUGAAUACAGGGACCCUUCUAGGACUACUGUCAGAAUGCUAGACAGUUUGAUUAGAUUAUCGCAAGCACAUUGUCGGCUCAUGUAUCGAACGACAAUAUUACCAGUCGAUGCCAUAUUCGCGAUAUCCCUAGUUGAUCUGUCUAUGCAGGACUGUACAUUAGAGGACACAGUUGAUGCUUUACAUUCAACAUUUCUAAAGCACCCAGAUUUUGAUUACCUUUGCACAGCCAAAAAACUGCUAGCAAAAUUAAAUUUGAACGACAUAUGGGAAGAGGAACUAUUUUACUAUGGAAAAUUACUACAAAUAGACUGCAAAACAUUAGACAACUGCAUAGAAAAUGGGAAUUAUAAAUUGUUUGCAAGAUAUGAUGAUGUUAUUGAUGACAACAUUCCAUUGUCAGCAUCUCUCGUGACAAGUUCUUAUUUUAAUAAUAAUAAAAGAAAGCACGAUAAAGUGAAUGAAGAAAACCUUUUGGAUAUUGUUGAUGGUACUAAUAUGAGAGUUAUGAAUGAAAAAUUAGCAGCAACUUUAAAGAAACAUGCUACUCUUAAUAAAAUUGAUAAAAAUCCACUAGCAGUUCAAAAGAAAAAUACAAAGCGGAAAAGAAAAGAAGUUGUUAUAGACACCAGUGGAUUUGGAAAGAAAAAGCAAAGAACAAAGAAAACCAAGCAAACUAAACCAGAUUCAUCAGAUAGUGAAGAUUGUGAUGUUAAUAAAAUGUUAAAUGCAGUUCCAAGCGUGAAUGAUGUUUUUACAAAUCUAGGAAUUGAUUUCGAACUGUGUGAUACUUCAACCCAGAAAAGCGAAAAGAAUUUAUGUACUGAGGCAGUUGUAGAAAACUGUGGAUUGAAUAAGGAGAAUCAAAUCAGACCCAAUACAAAUGAUAAAAUACCACUUGAAGACAGCAAAAGCAGUAAUGAGAUGUUAAAUACUUCCGUCAACAAAUUAAAACAAUUUGAAUUUGCUGGAAAACGAGAUAUGAGUAAAUUUUAUGAAGAAAACAAUGAAAUCCAUAAACAUGUAACUAACACAGUUGCAGUGAUUCCUGUAGAAAGCUCUGUGAGUAAAAAUACUGCAAAUUCUUUUGAAAAUCCUAAAAAAAUUGUGUCCAGUUCACAGUUAUCUAUGUUUGAUAGUUCAGAUUGUGAUAUAGACUUAGAUAUAUAAAAUCAUGUUAAUGUAUUCAUUGAUGGAUUAUUAGGUUUAUUGGAAUUGAUCAUAGUAAAAUUAAGAAUUUUAUGCUUAGUUCAAUGUUUUAAUAAAAAUUUGUUACUA